UUACGCCCUCGUUUGUGUUUCCUCCCCCACCACAAACUUCUUCCUUCCAUUCCACCAAUUUCCACCUGUCAUCGCCCCUCCUCAACCUUUACGCCGUUGAACCCUCAACCAGCCUCUGUGCCUGUCACCCAUCCCUCGUUAAGUUCAAGAUAAGCAUCCCUCCGGCUUGUCCAAGUCAUUCGUCGCUGAGCCAAAUAUCAUUCCUGUCACCACCUCACAUCACCAACUGCGCCGACCAGACAAACCAAUAAGAGCACGAUAAAUUCUCGCGGCAAUCAUGGAAACAUCGAGGGCACUCGAAUUCGUCCCUCUACCCAAGCUCGGCAUAUACUCCAAGGAUUUGUCAAAUUUUCGUGCCUGGAAGCAUGGCAUUUGGUUCCAUCUCAGCUACUACAAACUUGAUGGUUUUCUUCGGGAGAAUGAGAACGAAGAUGAAGAUGGAAAUGUGACCGAUAAUUGGGAGCUAGACACCGACGAGGUCCGUCGUCGUCGCUUUCUCGCGUACUCCAUCAUCUGGUCUUCAGCCGAGAAUGUUAUCCCUUCCGUGGAGCUCACUUUGAACAAGAAUCUGUGCGAUGAUCCUGAAUUCGACCCUAAGAAGCUUUGGCAGCUCAUUCUCGAAUUCCACAAGAUCCACUUCCCAUCGGAGGACAUGGAGGUUUCUUCUACAACCUAGCAGACUCACCCGAUCACGGUGGAAGAAGGAAAAGUGACGGUUUUCAAGAUACGAACUGGCAGUUUUCAUGGUUAUCGGCGCACUUU